AGCUGCCCAAUCACAAAGCAAACGCUCAUCCCGCAUCACCAGCUCACGCACCAGUUUUGGCACAAAUGUGAAAAGUUCCUCCACAUCCUCGUCAUCGUCCAAUUCCAAUUCGAAUGGUGUCAAUUUCGAUUGUCCCGAAGAAUUCGGCUAUUAUCCCCAUCCCACAGACUGUACUCAGUACUAUGUUUGUGUAUUUGGUGGCGCCCUUUUGGAAAGUUGUACCGGUGGUCUAAUGUAUUCACAUGAACUGCAAACAUGUGAUUGGCCACGUAAUGUAGGUUGUGAAGUUGUCGAUAGCGGUGAUCGUGAUGUUGUUAUUACCAAACAACAACAGCAGCAAGUGCAACAACAGCCACAACAUGUUCCUAGCCGUAUACGUUUUGGUUCAUCGUUUACCAGUCCCCAGGCCCAGCAACAGGAACCUCGCCAGCUGCAACAACAACAGGUUUUGAAACCCACUGUGCCACCUCAAUAUCAUCGUCAACCACCACAAGUCAUUCAGGCUCAAGUUCAGACUAUACCACCACCACCCCAACUGAAGGUGUCACCCAAUCCCGUCAUUACAUCCCGCGGCCAGCCCAAACAUUUAUUGGAAGCCCAAGAGGAAAUCGCUAAGCUCUAUGCCGAUGCCCAUGACAGCUUACCUCCCGUUGAGGAAGAAGAAAGUGAUCGUCAACAGCGUGUUUAUCGUGGCCAACCCAGCACCGUCAGUCAAGUGCAAAAGGAUCGUGAUGGUAUUCUGCAUCAGGCUAGCAUUAAUGCCAUACCCAGCAAUGACAAGUAUAGUUCUUAUAAUUUUGGCUCACAAUACAGGGACAUAGAAUACCAACAACAACAACAGCAGCAGCAACAGCAACAACAAUAUCAGCAACCUAUUCGCCAAUCGACCUAUCGCCCAUUGGAUGUUUUCACAACACCCGCUCCAGCACCGCAAUCAGCGCUACGAGAAACUUAUAAACCACAACCUGCCCCCAAACAGCAGCAGCAACAACAACCACAAGAAAGACCAACGUAUACGAAUCAACAGCCGUUGGUCUAUAAUUCCGAUUAUGAUGAAGAUCUGAUUGCCCAGAUCGAACAAGAUAAUGCCUACGAUCAACCCACAAGACCACCACCAUCAAGACUUAAUUCGAAUAGUAACAGGAAUCGUGGUAGCUCAACAAGUUACAAUCAAGGAGAUGUUGCAUCGGCACCGGUGACCAGCAAUCGUGGAACGCAUCCACCCCGCACCCGUCCCACCUUGAAACCUUCUGGAACAAUUGUCAGCAAGGCCCAAGAGUUCAUUGAUAUCUACAAGAAUCCUCCAUCUCGACCCGAGCCCUUGUAUCCCCAACCCACUCCCGACAAGACAGCUGCCAAAUGCCGCAAGGAUGUUUGCCUCUUGCCCGAUUGUUAUUGUGGUGGUAAAGAUAUACCCGGAGACUUAAAUGUUGAAGAAGUUCCACAAAUAGUUCUGAUCACCUUCGAUGAUGCCAUUAGCAUGCUAAACAUAGAACUCUAUGAGGAGCUUUUCAAUAAUGAGACGCGUAAAAAUCCCAAUGGUUGUCCCAUUCGGGCGACAUUUUAUGUGUCGCAUGAAUGGACCGAUUAUGGUAUGGUCCAGGAUUUGUAUGCUGAUGGCCAUGAAAUGGCUUCACAUACUGUGUCUCACAGUUUUGGUGAACAAUUCUCCCAAAAGAAAUGGACCCGUGAAGUAGCUGGCCAGCGUGAAAUACUCGCCGCAUAUGGUGGUGUCAAACUGUCCGAUGUUCGUGGUAUGCGUGCUCCCUUCUUGUCCGUUGGUGGCAAUAAGAUGUUCAAAAUGUUAUACGAUUCGAAUUUCACCUACGAUUCAUCGAUGCCUGUCUAUGAAAAUCGUCCACCAUCUUGGCCCUACACUUUGGAUUAUAAGAUUUUCCACGAUUGUAUGAUUCCACCUUGCCCCACAAAGAGUUACCCCGGAGUGUGGCAAGUGCCUAUGGUAAUGUGGCAAGAUUUGAAUGGUGGACGUUGUUCGAUGGGUGACGCCUGCUCCAAUCCAUCUGAUGCUGAGGGUGUAACCAAAAUGAUCAUGAAGAAUUUCGAUAGACAUUACACAACCAACAGAGCUCCCUUCGGUCUCUUCUAUCAUGCUGCCUGGUUCACACAGCCUCAUCAUAAAGAAGGUUUCAUCAAAUUCUUGGAUACGAUUAAUGCCAUGCCUGAUGUAUGGAUUGUUACCAACUGGCAGGCACUGCAAUGGGUCAGAGAUCCCACCCCAUUGUCGAGAAUUAAUUCAUUCCAGCCAUUCCAAUGUGAUUAUUCGGAUCGUCCCAAGCGUUGUAAUAACCCCAAAGUCUGCAAUCUCUGGCACAAAUCUGGUGUACGUUACAUGAAGACAUGUCAGCCAUGUCCUGACAUUUAUCCAUGGACUGGUAAAACUGGCAUAAGAUCGUCGCGCAUUGACAACGAUAUUGAAGAUUCGACAGCGUAAUUUUUUUGUCAUAAAUUUUGCUAGGAUUA